AUGUGGGGUCUCCUGUUCUGUUGCCUUGUGGCCUUGGCCACAUGCCAAAGUCUCUCCUAUGAGCCAAGCCUAAAUAUAAAGAAAACCUAUGAGUACAAGUAUGAUGGGCAGGUGAAUUUUGGACUUGGCUUGCCAAAUCUGGCUGAAUCUGGUGUUAAGAUGCAGUGCAAAGUCAAGAUUAUCAGCAUGUCUGAACAAUCAUUCCUUCUUCAGAUUAUAGAUCUGGCUAUCAAGGAGUUUAACGGUGUACCAGGGAAGAGUGAUUUCAAUCCCUCACCAAAGCUGACCGAACGUAUCGCUGCCGAGUUGGCCAAACCCAUUGUGUUUAACUACACCAAUGGGCACAUUGAUGAAAUCCAUGCUUCUGCUGACAUUUCACCUACUGUGGUCAACAUAGUCAGAGGGAUACUGGGUUUGUUCCAAGUGACUGUCAAGACUAGCCAGACCAUCUACCACCUGGAAGAGGUUGGAGUUCAUGGUAUGUGUCAGAGUUACUAUGCCAAUGAGGAAAAUAACUCAACAAAGGAACUGAAGUUGACUCGGGUUGUUGAUGUGAAUGACUGUAAGCAAAUAUCAGCUGUGUACAAAGGAAUGGCUGCUGCUCUUCUCAGCCCUGUAUCCAGACAGAGAGGAGACUCAAUUUCUACAGAUGUCAAAUAUGUUUACACAAUCAAACCAACAAAUGAAGGUGGUGUGAUCACUAAAGUUCGUGCCCGGGAGCAACAACAUGUCUCACCCUUCAAUGUGAAAGGUGGAACUUUCAGGAUGCAUACAGUGAUACAGAUGGAGCUGCUCAGUGAGCUUGACACACAUGGCGCCCACACCAUUGGUCCAGUGAAAAGCAAAGGCAACAUUACAUAUACGUUUGGAACCGAGGAGCCAAAUAUACCCAUUCUACUGCAGGAACAACAGGAACCAGUAUCAAAGGCUGAGGAGAUGCUCAAGCGUUUGGCUCAAGCAAAUGCUUACCAGAUUGACAGCGUCUCAACUGAGGACACAAUAAAGCUGUAUCAGCUUCUGCGAAGGAUCUCUUUUGAAGGCUUAGAGGGACUGUGGAAGAAGAUCAUAAACAAUGAAGAAGAGAGACGCUGGUUUUUGGACACAGUUUCUGAAGUCAACGAUGAGAGAAUCCUUCAGUUCUUGGAAACACGAUUCCAUGCCAGUGAUAUAACCAUUUCAGAAGCUCUGCAAACCCUUCUGCUGUCAUUUAACCAUCUGCAAGCUACUUCAAAACUUGUUGACAGGGCUAAAAAGUUUCUGGAACUUCCCUUUAGCAAAUCCUGUAAGUAUCUUUGGCGUACAGUGGUCCUUUCUUAUGGCUCACUGGUCUAUAAGUACUGCUCUCAGUAUUACCCUGACCUGAGCAGGCCGUGUCCAGUAACUGCAGUUCAGCCACUGUUGGACAUGGCUGCAGCUGCUCUGAAAAAUGGCCAAAAUGAAGACAUGCUCCUCAAUCUGAAAGCCCUGGGGAAUGCUGGACAUCCAGGCAGCAUUAAAACCAUUAUUCGCUUCAUUCCUGGAGUGGCUGCCAACCCUGUGAAUGUCAAACCACAUUUGCAGAGCACCGCUGUGCAGGCACUGAGACUCAUAGCUGCUAGAGACCCCCACGGCGUCCAAGAUGUCACCAUGCAAGUGUUCUUAAAGAAGGACCUUGCUGCUGAGGUACGCAUGCAGGCCAUUUUGAUCCUCUUUGAGACUAAACCACCCAAGGCCUUGGUGUCUACAGUUACUCAACUUCUAUUGGAAGAAGAAAACCUUCACGUUUCUAGUUUUGCAUACUCCUACAUGAAAAAUCUUGCCAGAUCUAAGACUCCAGAGAAUCACUAUCUAUCAAUCGCCUGCAGUGUAGCUGUGAAAGAGUUGAAGGACAGAUUUGGUGACCUCAGCUUUAACUACAGCACAGCUUUGCACAUGGACUGGUUUAAUAAUGACUUCCUAAUGGGUAAGGCUAUUGAAUUCUUCAUGCUAAGAAAUGGAAAGAGUGCCAUUCCUGUUGAGAUCAUGAUGAAAGGAAAAUAUAAUUUUAUUGGCAGAAUUCUGGAGCUAAUGGAGUUGGGUAUCAAUAACAACAGACUUCCGGAACUGUUUCCUACUAAUUGGAGUAUGAAUUAUUCGCAAGCUAUUUUGAGUGUGAUUCAAAGAUUGAACAGUAUGGCUCAAGACAAGAGCUUCCUCACUGUUUAUUCACGGGUAUUUGGACAAGAGUGGUUCUUUGAAGAUGUUAACAAAGAAUUCAUUAACAUGGUCCUCAAGGCAGUUGGACCUUCUGCAGGAAAAGAAAACAUCUUGUGGAAAGCGAUUGAGAAAUUACAGAAUAGAUUGUCAUGGCAUCAAACCAAGCCAUUUUUGAUCUUUGAGGCUCGCUUCAUCCAACCCACCAUCCUUGGUCUACCAGUGGAGAUCAGCAAGUACUACCAGUCAGUCAACGGGAUAACUGUUAAUGCAAAAGCUACCAUUAAUCCAAAACCAGAAAGUCUUGGAAAUCUUCUGGAUUCUGAAUAUGUACUGGAGACUGAUGGAUUCAUUGGUUACACAAAGGAUUUUUGGCUGUACUAUGGCAUCAACACAGAGGUGUUCCAGUGUGGUUCUGAGCUGAAGGCCAAAAUGCCUGUCUCCAUUCCAUGGAAGCUGACAGCCAAGGUCAACGUCAAAGAAAAUAAAUUUGAACUUGACUUCCCCCCAUGUAAAAAUGAGCUUGAACUUGUUUCAUUCAGCUCCAAUGUGUAUGCAGUGUCUCGGAACACUGAAGAUAUGACUUUGGACAAAAAGACACCAUUGCUGCCUAAUGAUGUCAAGGAUGCCACUGAAUUGCAAAAGAUGUUCCCAAAUGCUUGGCACCCAAAAGCCAAAACCUGUUUCGAGACAAACAUUUAUGGAGCAGGUCUCUGCAUGGAGUCUGAGUUGAUAAGAGCCUAUUACAAUGAAGAAUACCCCCUGUACUAUGUCCUGGGUCAAACCAACAUGUCAAUCAAACUCAUACCAGUAAAGCCAGAAAAGCCCGUUGAGAAAAUCCACUUUGAGCUUAAUGCUGCAAAAAGCAGUCCUCCAACAAAUGUGCAUGAAAUACUUCAAUCUCUCAGGCAACAUGCCAAGGUAGCCAACAAUCAGCUUCAUCUGGUCCCUGGUGCUACCUCAAGCAUCACCACCAGCAGCAGCACCGGCCAUGAGGACACUGAAACAGAAGAUGUGACCUCAAAACCUGAAGCUGUGUUGCACAUGAAAGCUCUGGCCAUAAGUGACAACCAGAAGGCCGAAGGUUACGAUGCAGAACUUUACUCCACACCAGAUUCAAACUCAAAGAAUGCUCAGCUGAUUGUGUCCAAAGUUGGAGAAGACACCAACUGGAAAAUGUGCAUUGACAGCAGUUUGGAGGCCUACAGUGAGGCUAAGGCACACUUACGAUGGGGAGCUGAAUGUCAGUCCUACAACGUGUCUGUGAGCGCUGGCGUUGCGCACCUGCCUGAUCUCAAGUCUGCACUCAUGGCUAAGCUCCACUGGGCAGCUCUUCCACGAAGUAUGGAGGAAAUGGGUGAAAGAAUUAAGAGAUGCAUCCCACACAUGGCUUUCCUUCUCAGCUUCGACCAGCAGUUUAAGAAAAAUACCAAUCAGGAGGUUUCUGCUUUAGUGGUUCUGACCACACCAGACAGCGCAAAUGUGACAGUUAAUUUUCCAGAGUGCACCGUGUACCAGCAGGCUGUGAAGCUUCCACUGCAGCUUCAGGCGGGCACAAGGACAUAAAUACAACGACGACCAGAUGGGAGACAGAUGCCUUUUCACAACGAUCAUACUUCAAGCACAAAUCUCACCACAGCGAUGAAAGUGUGAGGAUCAUGAAAAGCCACAUUCUGCUUAUUUGGCAAAUCCAGAUCCUGUGUGAAUGUCCUGUAGCAUUCAUUUGUCAGCAUGUUAAUAUUUGAUGACCCUCUUUUGAAGAAUUU